CCCUUCGUGCCUAAAAAUUGUUCAAAAUACGUGAUCACGUAAACAAAAUGUCCCGAUCAUUCCUAGUGGACUCGUUAAUCAGUGACAAACCGGCGCCAGUGAAAAGUAAUGCGUUCGAUUACAGUCAGUUUACCCAGUUACCGGUGACUCCCCCGGCCAACUUGCCUUACUCGGCGUGCUACGUUGGCAGUUACCUGUUCUCGCUUGGAUUACAACAGCAACAACAUGCCCAACAGCAGCUACACCUACCCCAUCCGCAUCACCUAUCGCAACCGCGCAACCUUUCGCUGGAUCUAUCACCUAAACUAUACCAACCAACGGACGUGCAACCGCCGAGACUUUCGCCCAAAGAGGAAUACUACCGCAAAUUGUACCGCUGCGAGAAAACUCCCGAGCGUUUCUCUCCGUACCCAACAUCACCCAUCAGUGCCAAACAUGCCAGUGCAACUACUGUCAGCAAAUCUACAACCCCAUCACCGACCCCAACGGAUCCGCUGGCCUACGCCAUCGAUGAUGAACUGUCGAGCAAGCGAAUCCGGACAGCCUUCACCAGCACUCAGCUACUGGAAUUGGAACGGGAGUUCUCUGCCAAUAUGUACCUCACCCGACUCCGUCGGAUCGAAAUUGCCACUCGAUUGCGACUCUCCGAGAAGCAAGUGAAGAUCUGGUUCCAAAACCGGCGGGUAAAGCGCAAGAAAGGUGAUGCACCCAUCUGCCCCAGUGUGGCUUCUUCGUCGUCUCCUUGUCGAUCGCAUCAGCAAAAUCAACAGAAAUGUUGCUGCCACAACGCUAGUACCUGUGAAGGUGGUUCGGAUAGCGAGGAUGUCAAUCUUAAAAACCACAGUGAAAUGGAGCAUGACCGGAAGCCUACAGUCGAACAGGUGCAGUUACUUCAACAGCGUGCGUGGGAUUUCAGCAAAGGCCUUCAUUAG